AUGUGCGUUUCGCAACCCCAUAGGGACCAUCACAUAAUUGAUAUAGAUUCCGGUUGCACAUUUUCUCUUUACAAAUUGAAAGCUCGAAGUUCUAAAUACCAAGAGAUCAUUGUCGACUUGUUUAGACAUCAAAAUACAUUAGGGUCAAUAAAGCAAAGUGGUUAUUCAAAACUUGAAACGGAAGUGCAGAAUAUUCAAAGACAAGGCAAGACUUUAAAAGAUGCAAUUGACGCACACACAAACAAGCUGUUACACGAACUUAGUAGAAAAUGGGAGGCAAUAAAAAAUGACAUUGAAGACGAAGAGAAAAAGAUAAAAAAACACGGAAUCGAAUUGGAAACAAGGAACAACAGUAUCACAAAUAUUGUCGAUUCUAAAAAUAAAAGCGCCGUGUUCGAAGCUGCGAGGACGCACAUGAGUUUUGACGUAGGGAUAGACCUCCAGCCGACAUUUGAUUCCUUACCAGAAUUUAGUCCAGGAAAAGUAACACAGUGCGGUAUAGAACCACUUUAUGGUAUUCUUAAAAAUGUUGAAGAACAGAAUAUUCCUACCAGUAUCUCGUUCAAUGUAUUGGAAAGUUAUGAAUCGAAACUUUCGUCCAUCGAUAAUAUUGAAUGUUUAGAUGGUUCUAUACUUAUGAAUGCAAAACAAACAGAUGUUUUCGAAGGAAAACUCAACCAUGUGAAAAUUCUCAAUGGAACAUUAGAGAAAAUAAACGAUUUUGUUGUUAAUCUUGAUAGUAUGGCAGUUAUGCCGUCCGGAGACCUUUUAUUAUCGACCGGACAGUCUGUUCUCCGCACAUUUUCUGCUGACAAAAAAAUCGUUAAAACUAAGUACAGCGUUGCGCCAUUAAAAACAACCGCUGCUCUGCAUAUAACUAGAGAUGGCAAAGUUAUCGUUGGUGCCACGGAAGAUAAUGUUUUCACAGGGGAAAAAAAGAUAAUUGUGAUGAACCUGAACGGAGAACACACAAAAACCUACAGAGUAGACAACAACAAAAAACUACUUUUCGAGGACGACUCUACACCAACCAAAGUAACUUCAGACAAGUCAAGAAAUAUUUACGUGAUAGACAAACGAAGAAAUGGUAAUGGAAGACUAAUUAUUUUAAGCGGGGACGAUAAUGCCGCAGUUAAAUUCAUUUAUAAAGAUCCCGUAUCGUCUGACCAAGGAACCUUUACUCCUAGUGACGUAGUAGUCACAGAAACGAAUCGAGUUAUUUUAUGUGAUGCUGCUAGCCUCACGUUACACAUUCUUAAUACUUCAGGCCGAUGUUUAGAAAAACAAAGUUUGGGGAAACUGGAUAUCAAUCGCACACCAAGAUGUCUUGCCAUCGAUCAUCGCGGCUAUGUCUUAUUAGGAUGCAGUGGCGGUUUGAAUGAAAAGAAUGCGAAACUUCACGUCAUUAAAAUAUCAUCAACGUGA